AUAUAAGAAAUACCAGGACAAAAAGAAAUUAAGGAAACUCCAGAGAUGGGAUCAGAGGCUGAGGCUGAGGCUGUUGAGAUUGUGAAGAAACCAAGGUUUCUGUGCCUCCAUGGAUUCAGAACCAGUGGAGAAAUUCUCAAGAAACAGAUGAUUAUGAAGUGGCCCGAUUCUGUGCUUGAAAAGAUAGAUCUUGUUUUCCCAAAUGGGCCUUUUCCGGCGCAAGGAAAAUCUGACGUUGAAGGCAUAUUUGAUCCUCCUUAUUACGAGUGGUUCCAGUUUAACAAGGAAUUCACCGAGUACAUAAACUUCGACGAGUGCCUUGCCUACAUCGAAGAUUACAUGAUAAAGCACGGACAGUUUGACGGUCUCCUGGGUUUCUCACAGGGCGCGAUACUGUCGGCUGGGCUACCGGGGCUGCAACGGAAGGGUUUGGCCCUAACGAAAGUGCCUAAAAUAAAGUAUCUUAUCAUAAUUGGAGGGGCCAUGUUCAAAUCACCAAUAGUGGCUGAACAGGCAUAUUCUGCUCCAAUCCAAUGCCCAUCUCUCCACUUUUUGGGAGACCAGGACUUUCUGAAGCAAUAUGGGAAGGAAUUACUGGAAUCAUGUGUAGACCCAGUCGUGAUUCAUCAUCCUAAAGGACACACAAUUCCUAGAAUUGAUGAGAAGGGCUUGCCAAUGGUGAUGGAGUUCAUCGAGAGAAUUCAAAAUAUGUGAACCCAGAAAUAGUUGCGAGCAAAGAUGUGAUAGUUGUUGUUAGGAAGCUUUAUUAUCCAUGCAUAUUCAUUGAGUUUCAAUGAUUAAGCUUAAUCUCCUCUAAUUUAAAUUGAUCAAUGGUGAUAAAAAUAGUCGAGUUAACAACUUCC